AUGGAUCAGAGCUACUCAUCGUUUGAUCCUGUUAGUAAGAUGGUUGGGACCCGCCCUCUCUUUAUAGGGAUGCUGAUCUUUGGAUCCUUUGCUCUGAUAGUAGUAAUUUAUGCAUUCCUGAAGUGGCAGAGAGAGACAUCCGUCAAUUGGAUUAAGGCUGCUGCUAGAGCAAAGAAAAGGGUUUGGAAGAAGUUAAAUUUUCCUAUUUCGCGCCACACAUGGACAGAAGAUUUUUCUCUAUGUGGACAGCCAUCUACAUGUUGCGUUUGCCUAAAUUCAUUGGUUUCCCCAGCAUCACUAGGAUCGAAAGUUGCAGGCAGCGCCCCUCUUCUUCGUUGUUCUGUGUGUGGGUCUGCAGUCCAUUAUCAUUGUUCUCCAUAUGCUGCCAAAGACUGCAAAUGUAUAUCACAAGCCGGUGCAACUCAUUUGCUCCAUCAUUGGACGGAAAGAUGGGUUGAACUUGAUGAGAACUCAGACUCGCCAUCUUUCUGUUAUCACUGUGAUGAACCAUGCGGCAUUCCUAUCCUUGGAGCGUCGCCUAUGUGGCAUUGCCUAUGGUGCCAACACUCCAUUCAUGUCAAAUGUCACGCUAAGCUGUUGAAAGACACUGGUGAUAUUUGUGACCUAGGUCUUCUCAGACGACUUAUCCUCUCUCCACUCAAUGUACGAGAAAUUGGUAGGGGAGAGACAGCUGGUGGAGUGUUGAGUUCAAUCAAGGAAGAGAUCAUUGCUUCAUCUGUUAGAGGUCGGAUGAUAAAGCGGCGACGCAACAAAAAUAUUGCCACCCAGUCUGCUCUCUCUGACAUUCAUAAUGGUAGAUUGGAGGAAAAAUCUGGCGCUGGCACAGCCCUUGGACAGCUGCUAAAUUGGUUGGUUGCUCUGGAAAAGUGUUUCAAGAAUGACCAGUACACUUUGAAGCAGGCCAAAAGUUUUACAAGUGUUAAAGAACGUAGUAUCUCUGUAAACCCAACAAAGAAGUAUACACUGGUGGACUUGCCUAAGGAUGCAAGGCCACUGCUUGUUUUUGUCAAUGUGAAGAGUGGUGGUCAGUAUGGGGCUUCUAUUCGCCGGAGAUUAAAUAUUCUAUUGAAUCCUGUCCAGGUAUGUGCCAGGGGAUCUUUGUUUAUGAGGAUUAUGUUUUGAUGUUUCUGCUUUUUUUGUAUUCUAAUGAGGUGUGAUUCGUUAGUGACUUCUUACUGGUUUGUGUCAUGCUUAUUUUAAUUUCAGUGCUUUUAUUGAUUUUACUGUUCGAGUCAUCACAUUAUUGCUCAUCUCGUGAUAUUCAUGUACUUUAUACAAUAUCUAUGUGAAAUGUUUCAUGCUCCUUAUUUUGUAACAUAUUGUCUGCGGUACCUAUAGAAUUUUUUUGAUUCAUUCAAUUGAAUUGUUACGCAUAGUUGAACAUUCAAGUAAUUACCUGCUUAGUUAAUCACCUUUGAGAAUAUGUCAUUACCAUUUUUCAAAAUUCAAGUUCUCUUUCUUGAGUAAUUGUAAAUUACUGCAGGGUUUUCAUCAUUCCUUCAAUAAAUAGAGCCAUCGAUUAUUCCCUUUUACCAGCCAAGAAGUAAAUUUUUAAUGAUCAGUACAUGCAUGUUAAUGAUCAGUACUGCAGGGUUUUCCCUCAUUGAUUUUAUUGAUGGUUGACUUCAGGUAUUCGAACUAAGUUCCUCCCAGGGGCCUGAGGUUGGUUUGGAGUUGUUUCGCAAUGUGCAGUACUUUAGAGUUCUUGUCUGUGGAGGAGAUGGUACUGUGGCUUGGGUUCUUGAUGCUAUCGAGAGGCAAAACUUUGUGUCUCCUCCACCUGUGGCUAUACUUCCCCUUGGAACCGGAAAUGACUUAUCUAGAGUCUUGCGAUGGGGAGGCGGGCUGUCUUCUGUUGACAGUCAAGGUGGAUUAUUGUCUGUGCUGCAAGAUAUAGAUCGUGCUGCAGUCACAAUGCUUGAUCGGUGGAAUGUUUCUAUCAAGGAAGAAAAUGGAGCGCUGGGGGAAAAUAUGCGCAGAGUAAAGUUCAUGACGAAUUAUCUAGGUAUUUCAAUCAUCAUUUCGGUUUAUUUCUGUUUGUUUUUGGCGGAGCUAAUAUGACUUUUUGUGCUUCGAUUUGUUCGCAGGUAUUGGUUGUGAUGCAAAGGUAGCCUAUGAAUUCCAUAUGACGAGGGAGGAGAGGCCUGAUAAGUUCUCCAGCCAGGUGUGGCAUGUUCUCCUUACAGUUUUUUUUACUUGCGAUUGUCAAGGUGAACCUUUCUCAGUUUCUUGCUCUGAGGAACUACGAGAUUCUAUCAUCACAUUUUUGACCAGAGAAUCACCUUCAUGUCACAAGAUGUGUUCUUUUGCGACAUCUGUUUACGAUCUCUUGGUGAGAAAUAUGAUAAUUCAUGGAGUUUUCUACUUGUAGUCUGUCAGGCCGUAGAAAUUUAGCACAAGCUAGGGGUUUCCAUUCUGCAUACCUUUGUUGCCUUGUGUCCAAAGUAAACCUUCUUCUGGGUCAGGGGACAUUGGUGUAUUCAGCCUUCUAACCAUGCGUAGAUUCAUUCAAGAUGUCCAUAAAAAUGAUAGGUAAUGAUAUACUUUUAUGGAGAUCCUUCGGGAUAAGAAAUUUCCUCGUAUGAGGUUGCAACUGUCAUCGGUAGUGUACCCUAUAAGAACCAAAAGGUCAAUAUAAUCACAAGUCCUCUGUUUUUCACCCUCCAUGUCAAUCAUUUAAAUAUUUUCGAUCCAAUAGCCCUCUUUCUAGCAUAUUCCGACAAUCAAAACUUCCUUUUUCUGCGUGUAGCCAUCAGAAAAACUGCCUAAAGGACAUCUUAACAGUGGUGGAACUGGCCCCAUUUUGGUUUUUUUAUUUUUUUUAUUUUUUUAAGUCUUUGUUUCCUUGCAUAGCCAGCAUAUUGCGGUAACAGACGAAUUUCAGGGCCCUUCUUCGAAGAAAACCUGAAAAUAAGUCGUUUUUUUAAUUUUUUGUGUGGAGCUUUUGAAGUUUUGGGUCGAUCAGUUGGUUUUUUUAUAGAAAAAUACGCGAGUUAAAUAUGCCUGUGACUCCUUAGUAGGGAAAGGGGCAGAAUGCUUGACUUUGGUCCUUAUAUGUUAAAUGUACCACAGUUACAUAAAACUCCAAGGGAUUGGUCAACGACCAGAGCCGAGAGAUUCAGUUUGAAUGUGUGUUAAAUUUUCAUAUUCACUAAAUCUUAUUUUUCUGGACCUUAUUCUACGAUAAGCAUCAUGGUUUUUGAAUUGUGAAUGUUCGGUGUUAAUUAAUUUUAUCAAAAAAGAAGAAUCACACGGACCUUUUCGUGGGUAUCUUCUCCAAAUGUUCUCAUGAGAAAAAUAGAAUCUUAAUUCCUCGCCAGAUUCAUCCAUUGUCCCCUCUAAAAUCUCCAUCUUGUAAUGUUGUUUCCUUGGUAGAAUCUUGCGAGUAAUUGCUUUGAUGUGUUGCAGUUUGUCAACAAGCUUCGAUAUGCUAAGGAAGGCGCAAAGGAUAUAGUGGACAGGACAUGUGCGGAUCUACCGUGGCAAGUGAACCUCGAAGUAGAUGGCCGUGAGAUCGAAAUCCCAGAGGUAAGAUUGCAGGUCCUCUUGUCCCUCUUUGACGACAAGAGAAGGAUAAUUUUCCGAUUUAUUUCUUUAAUUUUCUCUCUCUUAGCUUCUUUUCUCUUCUCAGGAUGCUGAAGGCGUACUCAUACUCAACAUUGGAAGCUAUAUGGGCGGCGUAGAUUUAUGGCAAAACGACUAUGACCACGAUGACGACUUUGGGCUGCAGUCUAUGCACGAUAAGGCCCUCGAAAUUGUUUGCAUAUCUGGAACAUGGCAGCUCGGAAAGCUUCAGGUCACCCCUUUUCCUCAGAAAAAGACCCAUUUCUGUAUGCCAUAUAUAUAUAUAUAUAUAUAUAUAUAUAUGAUGGCGCUCUGAGAGCUGAACACCUUCUCGCCCAGUUCUGCAUGGGUUGGAGUCCGAUUCUACAGAGUUCAUUCAUCACGUAGUUUUCAAAGCAUGGUUCUCAAUGCCUGUUAUUCUUCGGUUUGACCCAUUUUCUACAGGUCGGCCUUUCACAGGCGACAAGACUGGCUCAAGGCAGAGUAGUCAGAGUCAACAUUCGGAACCCAUUCCCUGUUCAGAUUGAUGGCGAACCGUGGAUCCAGCAACCCGGCUGUCUGGAGAUUACGCACCAUGGACAAGUAAGCCAGUGGCUAUCCUGCAUCCCAACCUCUAGCAUGCUGUUAUGAGGGGUGACUCUGAGAGUCUCGGUGCUUGAUUUGCAGGUGUUCAUGCUGAGAAAGGCAUCGGAAGAGCCCACUGGGCAUGUGGCGGCGAUAGUGACGGAUGUGCUGGUGAAUGCUGAGAGCAGUGGGGUCAUCAACGCUUCUCAGAAGACGAUGCUUCUUCAGCAGAUGGCCCUUCAUCUCUCAUGA